AUGCCCAAGCGCACCAUGGGAGGGAGGGCCGACGCCAGGGCCGACGCCAUGGCGCACGAAGCAUCCAAGCGCCGUGCGAAGCUGCACAUGGAGAAACCCCUCCCCGCCGGCGAGGGGUCCAGCCGGCAGCAGGGUGGCCGUGACGUCGUCGACCACGUCCAGGCUCCGGUGCAGGUGUCACCUACGCCAGAGCAGGUGACUCCUCUGCCACGCCAUCUGCCUCCUCCGCCGCAGCCCGUGGUUAACAUCGACGGCGACGACGAUGAAGAAGAGGUAGCUGCUCUGGCUCCUCAGACGGAGCAGGUGACGCCUCCUGUGCCCGAGCCUGUGGUCGUCAGCGAUGUCAACAAAGAAGACGUAGCUGCUCUGGCUCCUCAGACAGAGCUGGUGUCUCCUCUGCCGCGGGUGACGCCUCCGGUGCCCGAGCCUGUGGUCGCUGGCGACGUCAAUAAAGAUGACGUAGCUCCUCUGGCUCCUCUGCCGGAGCAGGCGGUGGCUCCUCGGCCUCAGCCGGUUGUUCGUCUACCGCGGAUGUUGCCUCCCUUGCCCCCACCUGUGGUCGUCGCCGACGAGAACGAAGAAGAGGUUUUAUCCUGUCAGUACAAGGCAAAUAAGGUCCUAAGUGACGACGUCGACAAUGACCAAGAAACCCAGAGGAUCUACAGGAGGCAGAAGGCGAGGGAGCUGAACAGUGGUGUGCUCGAGAAACGUAUCAGGCGAUGA